AUGGAUCAUAUUCCAAGAGCGAUUCAUAGAGGUACACUAGGAAAAUUCUCACUAGAGGGUGUGGGUGUCGAUGUAUCUCUUCUCCUCAGAGACACCCAAACUCACACACACACACACCCUCAAGCUUUGGCCAAAUUGUCAUGCACUCCACCAUCAACCGUUUGGCGAGGAGUGACUAAAGAUCUGAGCGCACAAUUUCCGCCCGCUACCCCAGUAACAUGGUGGUCAUUUACAUCGUGCACGACUACGUUAACAGUGCUUGAGAACAAUAUGUACUUGGGUGAUACCGGUAACCGAACAUUGUUCUCUGUAGAAGCUAUUAAUGGCCGAUCAAUACGUGCGCAUUCCCAUUUCAACAGUGAAGAUGAAGUCCUGUUAUUGCCGGGUACUCAGAUGGUAGUUCAAUCACGAUUGAAGCCGGCACCCGAUCUUCAUAUUAUACAAUUGAAACAGGUUAUCCCGGAAGAAGUACUAUUCGAACCGCCAUUCGAAGGUGCACUACUCUAUCCUAAAACUGGGUAA